AUGAAUUCGAUUGUCUCCACUGUCCGUGGAAUCUUAACGCUUUCAAGAUCUGAAACUUUCGAUUCACCACGUGAUGAAGCAAAAAGUGACUUGAAGGUGUUAUCAGUAGCUUGGAACCAGGUAUGCAGUGGUUUCAUCGUUGGAACAAAUCACGGUUUCAAUGUAUAUAGCUGCAAACCAAUGAUAAAGAAAAGCAUCAGCCGUGCCCCGCACGAAUCAGGCUUCAAAGUUGCUGAGAUGCUCUUCCUUUCUAACUUAUUCGCUUUUGUUGGCAAUGGUUAUAACAAUUCCGAGUACCCUCCUAACAAAGUAUUCGUUUGGGAUGAUUACCGAAAUUGCUGCCUCAGCGAGCUCACUUUUAAAUCAGAAGUUAUCGCUGUGAAACUAGCGAGAGAACACGUUGUGGUGGUCCUGAAACAAAACAUCUAUGUCUACACUUUCAACAACCUUAAGGUUGACCGUGUGAUCGAAACCCUCAUGAACCCGAAAGGACUGUGUUGCGUCACUCACGUUGAGUCGAAAGCAGUCUUGGCUUGUCCCGGGUUUCAUCCGGGACAAGUUCAGGUCCAUGACUUGAGAUGGAAUGUUAUCAAAUUCAUCAAAGCACAUGAUUCUGCUAUAGCUUGCAUGACUUUGACUCUCGAUGGAAGUCUCCUCGCAACCGCUAGCACCAAAGGAACUUUGAUCAGGAUCUUUAACGCCGUUGAUGGUACUCUCUUACAAGAGUUUCGGAGAGGAGUGGAAAGAGCAGAGAUCUAUAACGUUGCAAUCUCUUCGAAUCUGAAAUGGGUCGCUGCGUCAAGUGAAAAAGGGACUCUCCAUGUAUUUCGUUUGAGACCUGACAUUCUUAGUUUUGAUCCGGCUUCAUCGUCGUCAUUCAUAAGAGUGAUCUUACCAAAGUAUUUGUACGAAAAUGAACGGUCGUUUGCUCAGUUCUCGUUGCCAGCUUCCACCAAGUUCAUUGUAGGUUUUGGAUCAGAGAACACUGUUCUUCUCGUAGGCAUCGAUGGAAGUUUCCGGAGGUGCAAAUUUGAUCAUGCAGAUGGAGGGCAGAUGGUGGAAUUGGAACACAAAUACUUCUUCUCCUUACAAGAGACGGGCAACACAAUGGUUGGUGGGGUGUGAUCAACAAAACACAACACAUUUCCUUCUUGUUCUUCUUUUUUUUGGAAUAAUUUCCUUCUUGUUCUUCUUCUUCUAAUAAUUAGUCUUCACCGAUUAAAACUUUGUACUACCCUUUUUCUUUCUUUUUGUUUUUUUGUUUUUU